UCAAGUGUCGAGAAAGCUGCUAUGAUCGGUUUCGUAAAACUUCGAAUACUCGACACGGACGAAAAAUUUCAGCUACGGGGAGCUACAUUAGCGAAGGCAAUGGAGGAGGAUCGUAAUAUGGGACUAAAGCCUUUUUUUGUCGCAGCGACAUUAGGGACUACCUCGUGUUGUUCUUUUGAUCCGAUCCACGAGAUAGGACCCAUAUGUGAGAAAUUUGGGGUUUGGCUUCAUGUUGAUGCGGCGUAUGCGGGCAGUGCCUUAAUUUGCCCCGAAUUCAAACAUCUCCUGAAAGGAAUAGAAUAUGCCAUGUCAUUUAAUAUGAAUCCGAACAAAUGGAUGUUAGUGAAUUUUGAUUGCUCUACAAUGUGGGUAAAGGAUCGUUUCAAACUUACUCAAGCUUUAGUUGUUGAUCCUCUAUAUCUGCAGCAUAGUUUUUCAGAUAAAUCCAUCGACUACAGACACUGGGGAAUCCCUUUAAGCAGAAGAUUUCGCUCGUUGAAACUCUGGUUUGUUAUCAGGAAAUACGGAGUCGAGGGGCUACAAAAGUAUAUUCGUGAACACGUGCGAUUGGCAAAGAAAUUCGAAAGUCUUGUACUAAAGGAUGACAGAUUUAUCGUAGCUAAUCAAGUUCACUUUGGUUUAGUUUGCUUUCGGUUAAAGGGAUCUAACAAUUUAAACCAGAAACUUCUAUCCUCAAUCAAUGCUUCAGGAAAAUUGCACAUGGUACCAGCUUCACUGAGUGGUAAUUAUGUAAUCCGUUUUUGCGUAUGUGCUCAACAUGCAACAGAUGCUGAUAUCAUCCAUGCUUGGGACGUCAUAACGAUGUUUACUGAAGAACUGCUCGAAAUUGUAAAAGUGGAUGUUAAUAAAGAAGAAAUAGCCGAAGAAGAAGAGGAGGAAGAGGAAGAGGAGGAAGAAGAAGAGGAAGAAGAAAAAGAAAUUAAAGAGCAAGUAGCGGAAUCAGUAGAUGAAGUGUUCCUCCUAGAGCGCAAACGGAAACAUAGUUUGAAAUACAAAAGGAGCUUCUUCGUACGCAUGGUAUCUGAUCCGAAGCUGUACAAUCCGAAGAUUGUUCGGGCCCUAUCCUCAACCGGCAGUCGUAGACACACUAGCGAUCCUAUGGAUGGUGAAACUGGGGUUAUAACCCCUGUAUAAAAAUUGAGUAAUGAUUUGAUAUGGAAAAGUCAUCGCCGGCUUCAGAUGGGGUGUGUUACAAAACUUAAUGCUCUUUGAGUGAGGGAGUAGUCGGCAGAUAUUUCGGCUUUGCUAAUGUGAUGCCGGUAAAGUUGAAAAAGCACUCCUGCUUUGUAUGACUAUUGAUAAAUUCAGAAAAUUACCGUUGCAUGAAUUCAUAUUAUCAUGACUUAUGAUAAGACAUAUUUAUAUUUUAAGCAGUUUGCUUUGCUACACCAAAUAUAGCAGUUAAUUUAGCAAUGAAAAAAUAAAUAUUAUCCUUAUAAUGAUAAAAAUAUUUAGCUCUUAUUUAUUUAUCUGUUUUUAUCUCUUGUUAAUUACUGGCAAUGUAUUUCUUGCUGCACAAGUUAUACAUGUUUUUAGAAGAUCUCUUCUAGAUUCAGCCAUUCAGACGCAUUUACAAAACUUCUUGCAUCUGAAGUUAUUUAUAGCAUGAAAAUAUUUAACAGCUUUAAUUAUAUAAAGCUUCAAAAUAUAGCUAUCUUAUUUUUUCAGUUUUGUAUCCUUUUUUUUAAAAAAAGAGAUUAGUUCAGACUUUCUGUAUUAUAUUUACACAAUUCUUCGAUUUAAUUCACGCAUGUUUAAUAGGUCUCAAAUUUUAUUUAUUUUUACUCAAUUUAUUUUUUCAUUACUGAACCUAUGCAAUAUUUACGAAGGUUGGCGCUAUCUGUUGCAUAUCGUUAUUUCAAAUAUAACACCCAUCACAGCAUUAGUCAAAAGCAUUCCAGACUUACAUCAAAAUAUUGUAGAUCAAAUCAAUUGGAUAAAAAGCAGGAUAUAUGUGUGCAAGCAUAUAUACAUAUGUGUGUGUUCAUAUGUAUGCAUAUAUAAAAGUUUUAGCCACUAUUACUAUAUUUUUUCAAUUCCUUUCGAAAAUCAAAAUAUCGUAUUUUAACUAAAAUACAUUUAUGUAAAUACAUGAACUGUAUGCCCUAGCAACGAAUGAAUUAGGCAGUAGAUUAAGAAUCAAAUGUAGAAUAUUUUUAUAUUGAUUCCAAAUAAUUUAGAGAUAUGCAUGUUUAAAAAAAUCUUUUAUACAAAUGCAAUUUUUUAACAGAAAUGGAUAAAUAAAAUAAAACUAAAAUUUUACAAAUAUACUCCUUACACACUUAUUUUUAAAACUAAAGUUGUUUAGCUAAGGUUUUUGGUUAAAAAUAAUCUUCAUCCAGCUUAUCAAGAACGAGUGUUAACUUUAGAAAGCCGGACUCACUACAGAAGCAAAUACUGGAUCAUGAGGAAGUCAGUUUCUAGCAUAGCAUACUGAUAAUAUGAAAUAUCUGAAGCCGGCCUUGGCGAUAUAAGUGUUUCCCAGUUUGAUUAUUUCAUUUGAAGUUAGCAUGAGUCAUACAAUCGCAGUUUCAUGGACUUAAUCUUUCAAUCAAUGAUUAGACUUAGUUUCUUCCUGCCACAGAACAUGGUUAUUGUACUUUGUCUUGUAACUACAACGCUUGCUAAGUUCCUUCAGUAAAUGAAAAUGUUUUUCUGCUGUUAAAUUUUCAGUCCCCUGUAUCAUACACAUAUUUUGAUAAAGUGUGUGACAUUUUUAUGUUCUUCAAAAUAUGCUUUAAAUUUUAAAAUGAAUAUUAUGUGUCUGUUUCACAAAUUUUCCCUUUUUCAUUCUGUUUUCGGGAAGAUCAAUUUGUGUUUUUUAUCUCAAGUUACAUAGUUCAUGUACUUGUAGUAUAUCUUUAUCUCAAAUCUGUUAAAUUUUAUCUUCUUAUUAUAUAAGGAAUUGUUCUAAAAUCUACAUGUUGUUUGAUAUAUCAAAUAUAAAAUAGCUACUAAUUAGAAUGCUUAUAACAAUGAUAAAUUCAUUGAAAUGAAGAAUGUAUGCAACUCAACGAAAUCUGCCUUAAAUAUCGCAAUUACAGUUAUUAAUAUAUUUAACAAAAUAAAAUCGCCUAUUAAAUCAGCGUAUCACAAUGAAAAUGUGAAACUAAAUUUGCUCACAAUUACCUUCAAUUUCUUUCGAAAAGAAUUCCUGUGUUUUUGUAGCUCUAAAUUUUAAUUCCAAAAUGCAUGAAUUUCUAAGCGUAUCCAAAUACAUGUGUAUUUAAUACAUUUCCCAAUACAUGUAAAUAUAUUUAAAAUGUCUAAUAUUUUAUAAAGAACUAAAAACAAAAGAAGCUUGAGCUAUAAGUUUUGUAUUAUUAAUUCAGUUAUGUAUUAAGCUUAUGUAUUAAUUACGUAUUAAGUAUUAAUAACAGCUUUGUAAUUUCCGCUCAAAUGGCUUCAGAAGCUAUUCACCAAAUAUGAUUAAAAUGCACUACUUAGCUUAGCGCAUUGAAUAUUCGUUCGUUCAUAUCGUUGAAACUAGAGUACCAAAUUGAAUAAAAAUAUUUUUUAUAAUAUUCUAUAUAAUCUGUAAAAUGACAGAAAAAUUAUAUCAAGUUAUUUAAACGCAUUCUGAAAUCUUUAAAAUGAAAAACUGCACUUAAUCAAAAUUGUUUGCGGGUAAAUGUUGUUAAAUAUUUCCAAGUUGUUUUCCAAGUUUAAAGUUCGGUAUGUUUUUGCUAAAAAAUUUAUGAUAUUGAUUGUUGGAUAAAUGGCAAAGCCGGCGAAUGAGUGAAAUAUUAGAUCCUACUUACUUGUACUCAUGUUUCAUGUAAAAAAUAAUAAUAAAGAAAAGCAACUACAGAAACUUCA